AUGGCAGCCCAACAACAGUCCAAAUGGGAAGGAAAAGCCAUUGCAAAUCUUAAAGGGCCAAAAGCUGAACAAGUAUGGCCUCUCUUUGAAGAUUUUUUCAACUUUCAAAAAUUACUACCUACCAUUGACACUUGUUACCAAGUGAAAGAUGGACUUACCCGUUGUUGCGCUAGAACCUUGCCACCUUCAUCCGACGGUGGAGAAUCGAUCAUCAAGUGGUGUCACGAGAAGUUAUUGGCUGUUGACAAGAUCGAACGGUGUCUAACCUACGAGGUGUUAGACAAUAACAUGGGAAUCAGGUCGUAUGUAGCUACGUUUAAAGUAUUGUCAAUAUCAGACGAUACUGGUGAUCAUGAGCUUGGGUGCCAGAUCGAAUGGUCGUUCGUUGCUGAUCCGAUUGAUGAUUUGACUUUGGAAUUUUUCUUGGGCUACGUUGACUCUUCCCUACAAAGCAUAGCUGAAAACAUUGAGAAAGGUUUAGAAUAG